AUGUCCAAUCCUAUUCAAAGUACUUCGAUAAUGAUGGCGCUUAAAAAAAACACUUGGCUACAGAAUGGAUGCCGGUACCUGUCCCAUCUUAGUUUCCGUAAUCAUCUCCUGAUAUCUGCUGUGUUGCGACUGGUUCUCAUUUUGUAUGCCCAACUACACGAUGCAAGAUCCCUAGUGCCAUUUACAGACAUAGACUAUAAAGUGGUAACGGACGGUGCACGGUUGGCGUUAAAUGGAGAUACACCUUUUGCCCGGCACACCUACCGCUAUAGCCCAUUUCUAGCAUACAUGCAAAUACCGAACGUUUUGCUGCAUCCCGCCUACGGGAAAGUAAUAUAUGCGAUGUUUGAUCUACUACUUGGUAUACUAAUUUAUGGGCAAGUACGCUUGGAUUUACUGCUGCAGCACCAGAAGGAUCGAGACGAGUGUAAACGUACUGAAAAAACAGCACUAAUCUCUGCAUGCUUUUGGCUCUACAAUCCGCUUACAGCGGUAAUAUCGACCCGUGGCAAUGGUGAUAGCAUACCAAGCUUCUUUGUGUUAUUAAGUAUCUCUUUACUUAUUAGAAUGGAACAGCAAUUACCAAAGUCUCUAAUCAUUUUCUGUGCCGGUUUGUCUCAUGGAUUUGUGGUACACUUACGCAUCUACCCGAUAGUCUUCAGUUUAGCUUACUAUCUGUGCUUAUCGACUGGCCCGUUCCCAAAACCAUUUAAACUCAAUACAAUUUUGCCUAACAAGCAGCAGCUAUGGCUAGUGUUCGGCACUUUAUUGGGAUUGGUAACCUUCACUUGGAUUUUUUAUGCACUAUAUGGAUGGCAAUAUAUUUACGAAGCCUACUUCUACCACCUUAUGCGAAAGGAUAUGCGCCACAAUUUUUCGCUAUAUUUUUUGUUGCAAUAUCUUAGCAAUGCAGAAGACAUUGAGGAAUCCAGUCUGCUUCUAAAGUGUAUUGUGGUAGUUCCGCAGUUGUUACUUCUAUUUUAUUUGAGCUGGACUUUUGGGCAACAUCGGCAGACAUUAGCAUUUUGCGUGUUCUGUUUGGCCUUUGUUGUUGUCACUUAUAACUCUGUGGUCACAUCCCAGUACUUCAUUUGGUAUUUGACUGUUCUGCCGUUAUGCAUUAAAAACUUGCAGCAUCUGUCCUUGGUUCGGUGUGCAUCAUUACUUUCUUUGUGGCUAUGUGGUCAAGUACUCUGGCUUCUGCCAGCAUAUUUGCUAGAGUUUAAAACUUGGCAUACAUUUUUUUGGAUUGGUGUUCAGGGUGCUGUGUUUUUCUUAAUUAAUGGUUACAUCCUAGUCGAGCUGAUAAGUAAUUACGAGCAUAAAUCUUUUAAUGCAAGAUCUAAAAAAUAGUCUAGGAAUUAAAGUAAAAGUGACAUAAGCAAACUCCGAUAUCACAUAUAUUAUUUAUACACUAGCUUAAAAUUUUGUAUUGA